CGCCGUCGCUCCGCUCCAGGGAUGACACCGCCUCCGUCCAGAUGCACCGCCCUCGGCGCCCCGCGAGCCCGCGUUUCCAGCCCUCUGGCUCGGUCCAGGUUCCCGCUGCGGCUGCUGCUGCAGCUGGUCUGGACGGCCGCCGCCUCCCAAGGCCACCCGAAGAGCGGACCCCGCAUCUCCGCUGUCUGGAAAGGCCAUGCAGGGCAGGACCACGUGGACUUCGGCUCAACUGAGCCACACACGGUGCUUUUCCAUGAGCCAGGCAGCUCCUCCGUGUGGGUGGGCGGACGCAACAGAGUCUAUGUCUUUGACUUCUCCAAGGGCAGGAACGCCUCCGUGCGCACGGUGAACAUUGGCUCCACCAAGGGGUCCUGCCGGGACAAGCAGGACUGUGGGAACUACAUCACACUCCUGGAGAAGCAGAACGAAGGGCUGCUGGCCUGUGGCACCAAUGCUCGGCGCCCCAGCUGCUGGAUCCUGGUGAACAACUCUGUGGAGUUUCUUGGGGAGAGGAAAGGUUAUGCGCCCUUCAGCCCUGAUGAGAACUCCCUGGUUCUGUUUGACGGGGACGAGGUGUACUCCACCAUCCGGAAGCAGGAAUAUAACGGGAAGAUCCCUAGGUUCCGCCGCAUCAAGGGUGAGAUAGAGCUGUACACCAGUGACACCGUCAUGCAGAACCCACAGUUCAUCAAGGCCACCAUCGUGCACCAAGACCAGGCCUAUGAUGACAAGAUCUACUACUUCUUCCGAGAGGACAACCCUGACAAGAAUCCCGAGGCCCCGCUCAAUGUGUCCCGAGUGGCCCAGCUGUGCAGGGGGGACCAGGGUGGUGAGAGUUCACUGUCGGUGUCCAAGUGGAACACCUUCCUGAAAGCCAUGCUGGUGUGCAGUGAUGCUGCCACCAAUAGGAACUUCAACCGGCUCCAGGACGUCUUCCUGCUCCCCGACCCUAAUGGCCAGUGGAAGGACACUAGGGUCUACGGUGUCUUCUCCAACCCCUGGAACUACUCGGCUGUCUGCGUGUACUCCCUCGGUGACAUUGACAAGGUCUUCUGCACUUCCUCACUCAAGGGCUACCACUCGAGCCUCCCCAACCCACGGCCUGGCAAGUGCCUCCCAGACCGGCAGCCGAUACCCACAGAGACCUUCCAAGUGGCCGACAGUCACCCUGAGGUGGUGCAGAGGGUGGAGCCCAUGGGGCCUCUGAAGACACCACUGUUCCACUCUAAAUACCACUACCAGAAGGUGGUUGUCCACCGCAUGCAUGCCAGCAAUGGGGAGACCUUCCACGUGCUUUACCUAACCACAGACAAGGGCACCAUCCACAAGGUGGUGGAGCCGGGGGAGCGGGAGCACGGCCUUGUCUUCAACAUCUUGGAGAUCCAGCCCUUCCGCCGUGCGGCCGCUAUCCAGGCCAUGUCACUGGAUGCUGACCGGCGGAAACUGUAUGUGAACUCCCAGUGGGAGGUGAGCCAGGUUCCCCUGGACCUGUGUGAAGUCUACACCGGGGGCUGUCACGGCUGCCUCAUGGCCCGCGACCCCUACUGCGGCUGGUACCAGGACCGCUGUGUCUCCAUCUACAGCUCCCAAGAGCCAGUGCUGCAGUCCAUCAGUCCAGUCGAGCCACACAAGGGGUGCCCCAACCCGAAGCCAGAGCAGGCCCCGCUGCAGAAGGUCUCCCUGGCCCAGAACUCCCGCUACUACCUGAGCUGCCCCAUGGAGUCCCGCCAUGCCACCUACUCCUGGCGCCACGAGAACAGUGUGGAGCAGAGCUGUGAGCCCAGCCACCAGAGCCCCAGCUGCAUCCUGUUCAUCGAGAACCUCACAGACCUCCAUUACGGCCACUACUACUGCGAGGCCCAGGAGGACUCCUACCUCCGCGAAGCUCAGCACUGGGAGCUGCUGCGCGAGGACAGCGCCAUGACCUCACAACUGCUGGGCCACGCCUGCACUGUGGCCACCAGCCUCUGGCUGGGUGUCCUGCCCACGCUCAUCCUUGGCCUGCUGGUCCAUUAGAGCCUCACGGGGCCGGGUGUGCUGCAGGCUUCUGCAGCCCCGAGGCACGAGAAAAGUCUCACACCCGGAACCGGCUGGGCCCAGGAGCUCCUUGUCCACCACUUCUUCCCAGGGGGACUGCGUAAACCUGACGGGGGACACCGGGCCUGCAGAUGGCCAGCCGCAGGCGGCUGUUGGGCCCCCGUGGGGCGAGGGUGUUGCAGGCCACACAGCGCAGGCUCCGACUGUGAAGCUGGGGCCUUGAUGCAAGACUGUCUUUUGGAGAUUAUUUUUCAAAAACUCCUCCUCAAACGGAUGAAAUGCAGUGAUGCUCUUGGCCUAAGAGCCUGUGGGCCAGAGAGUGGGGUUUAAAAAGAGGAAUGAGGGACCCCAUCUCUGGACCUUAGGGCUGAGGCCCGAGUCCUUCUGGACUCGCUAGACCCAGAUCACCCCCUCAUUCUCCCUCCUGCCAGGACUCGGGGAGGCUAGUAUUCCUGCAGGCCCAGGGCUGCCCUCUGUGACCUCCUCAUCAGCCCUGGGUCCCUCUAGGCAGCUGCCUUGCAUGUUUAUUGAAGGAUGUUUGCUUUCCGGACGGAAGGACGGAAAAAGCUCUAUUUUUAUGUUAGGCUUCUUUCAUGUAUAGCUACUUCUGACUGCAUCUGUAUGA